GGCACCAGAGCUAAUGCACUCGAUGUUUGCGCUCGCUUGCAUCAGAGCAGAAAAAGAAGCAAAGGGCGGCCUUCAGCGAUAUCCCACAUUUAGCCAAGUUAUUUUAGCUAUAACGAAAAAUCACUUUCCCUCCCUUUAGAUAGCCGAUGUAAGGUUUGUGCGGAAUAAAGACUCAUUCAUGUGCUGACUGAGGGAAAGGGACAAAACACGCAGACAUGUCUGGAGCGUGUCUGGACAGAAGGACCCGCUGGCAGGAGAUUCAAAAGGGCCUCCAGUUCAUCCAAUCAACCCUUCCAUUUCCUGGGAGUCAGGAGCAGUAUGAGGUGUUCAUAAAGGACCUUGUGUGGAAUCUGUUUGGAGAAGGAAACGACGUGUUUAGGGAAGGAGAAUGGACAAAAUCCAUCGAGAUGUUUACUGAAGCACUGAAUAUAGCAGAUUAUGCUGAAUCAGAAGAUAUCUGUGUUCAAACAGGUUUACUAGAAAAGCUGUAUGCAAAUCGAGCUGCGGCAUACCUAAAUAUUGUUCCGAAUACUAUGAAUGGAGGGGGGUAUCUGUCAGAUUUAAUUUUAGAUGGACUCUCCAGAAUCAAAGGCGGUAACUGUCCUGUGUUGUUUCCCCAGGACUCCAGUGUCACACAGCUGACUCAGGACCUUGCCAAAACUUUGGGGUUGAAAAUCCGUAAAGCUUAUGUGAGGAGUAAGCCUGCCUUGAAUGUUUUGAGAGGAUCAAGUUAUCAAGAUGCGUCAUGUGACAAGUUUUCUUAUGGCUCAGAUUCGGUUGAAAAUAUAGAAAUUGAAGUGCCUCAGUUAACCCAGGAUAGCAGUGUUUUGACUCCAGGACCAGCUCCCAUCCAACUUCCGGUGGCAGUGCACCCACCUCUGAAUGAAGCAGUGGUGGAUGAACUCCCCUCUACCAACAAUAUUUCAUCUGUCCCCUCAUCUGAACCUCCAGGCUUCGAAUCUGUCGCCCUGCCUGUGUCUGCAUCCACGUCCGAUCCCCUCCCUGCACUCACAUUCGUAAAUGGGUGCCGAGCCAGUAAGCCUUACCCAAUUCUUGAUACUAGUCAAGAUUUUGAUACGGACAUCAUUGGGGACGACCUAGAUGAUCUUCUGGACCAAGCUGGCCCCGAAUCUACUAUGGUUAUUCCUACGGUGAAGGGGCCUCUUCCUUUACCUGCCAGUAUUGCCUCAGGCAGUUCCAUGUCAAGUCCAUUCCUGAUGCCAUCGCACAUCAACCCUUUUCUCCCCAGUGGUCCACAUCAGUGCACUGUAACGCUGCCGCCUCUCUAUCACAAAUCGGGGUCAAGUGCGUAUUUUGGUAUGGACACUUUUGACCCCAUUUCACCACCACUGGACUCUCUGGAUAGUCUCAGCAUAUCAGACUUUAAACCAGUUUCAGAUUAUGCUCCAAGUGGAUUCCUUCCACAGAUCAACAAUAAUCACACCCCAAUGGGGAUGGCUGUGGGUAUGCCUGAUGUAAAAGGCCUCCCUGCUGCUGUUGAUUUAGCAAAGAACCCCCUAGCUGAAACGCAUGAAUUCAAACAAGCCUGUUCAGUGUGCUAUGUCAAAACUGGGCCUGGAGUGUUGGAUUACACACUUCAUACGGAAGACCAUAAAUGCAAAAAGGAUGUAUUACUUGGCAGAAUCAAGCAUUUGCCAGACAAAACAUGGAAACUCAUUCGACCCAGACCAACAAAAACUCAAUAUGUUGGACCUUAUUACAUUUGCAAAGAGGUGGCUGUUGGAAAAGAUUGCUUGUAUCCUGGCCACUGCACAUUUGCAUACUGCCAAGAAGAAAUUGAUGUUUGGACUCUGGAGCGGAAAGGAUUUAUUUCCAGAGAACUGCUCUUCGAUCCUUUUGGGCCAAACUCCAACAUCAGGUUGACUGUUCCCAAGAUCUUGCAGGAGCAUCAUGGGAUAUUCAUGUUUCUCUGUGGGGUGUGCUUUGACCACAAACCCAGAAUAAUCAGCAAGACCAACAAAGAUGACCCUUCAGUUUGUUCUCAUCCUGUGACAAAGCAUGACUUUGAGGAUCAUAAGUGCCUGGUCCACAUUUUGAAAGAGAAUACAGUCCGGUAUUCCAAAAUAAGACCCUUGAGUCCCCAUUGCCAGCUGGAUCUUUGUCGCCACGAAGUCCGGUACGGUUGCGUGAGAGAGGAUGACUGUUUCUACGCCCACAGCCUCAUCGAGCUGAAGGUCUGGAUGAUGCAGCACGACCUUGGUAUCACUCACGAAAACAUUGUCCAAGAGGCUAAUAAGUUUUGGAAUGCAACAGCUUCAUUGCAGGGAGCUCAGCAGCUUCCCAGUGCACUGAGAAGAUUUGGACCUCCGAAUCUGAAGAUGAUGUUUGUUUGUGGCCAGUGCUGGAGAAACGGCCAACUAAGUGAAGCUGACAAAAACAAGAAGUAUUGCACAGCCAAGGCAAGACACACGUGGGCAAAAGACAGGCGGGUGGUGCUUGUAAGUUCCCAUGAAAGGAAAAAGUGGACAACUGUAAGACCGCUUCCAACCAAAAAACCCAUUCCAUCUCAAUUUGAGAUUUGCAUGCAUGUGACAGCUGGCAAGAAGUGUCAGUACAUUGGGAACUGCACAUUUGCUCACAGUGUGGAAGAAAGAGACCUUUGGACCUACAUGAAGGAAAACAACAUUGGAGAUAUGGAUCAACUUUAUGAGCAAUGGCUGCAGUCUCAAAGGCCUGGCUGGGGUGAUGAAACUUCCACUAACUCAGUCAGAGAAAAUGGGAAACAGAUCCACAUGCCAACUGACUACGCAGAGGAAGUGGCUGGCAAUCAUUGUUGGCUCUGUGGUAAAAACUGCAACAGUGAGAAGCAGUGGCAGCAGCAUAUCACUUCAGAAAAACACAAAGAACGAGUUUUCAACUCUGAGGAUGAUCAGAAUUGCUGGCAGUAUCGAUUUCCCACAGGCACUUUCAAAGUUUGUGAGAGGUUCCUCAAAGGCACGUGCACAGAGGAUGACUUGUGUAAGCUGGCUCACGGGGAGCAGGAACUAAAAGAAUGGAGGGAGCGCAGGGAAUUCCUUUUGAUGAAACUUGCCAAAGCCACAAAAGACCAUCUUAUAGCACCAAAUGACAAUGACUUUGGAAAAUACAGUUUUCUGCUUAAAGACAUUAAAUAAUGACGUGAUCACAAUAUUCAUGCACACUUGCAAAUGAUGCAGUAUUCAGUCUCGAAUCAGGUCAUCUUUGAGGGCCUCUGACGUGCACAGGAAAUAGCCUGAUCACAGCAUGAUUUUAAAGGAGGGCAUACAGGACAGGCCCCCUGAAUGAUGGCUGUUUGCUCUGAUCAGAAUUACAGGAGUGUUAUCAUUAAAAGCAAAUACUGAGUGUUAAAACACUUUCCAGAAGCUUUGCAGUGCACCAUUCUGUCAUACCUGAAAAUGGUGGGGAGGGAGGAAGCAUGAGUAAACCUUGAUCAGAGUCAUGUUCAGAUUCUUACAGUUGACCUAAACAAAUUUUUUUUCCCCCACAAACAGUUUGUAUAUGUUAAUGACCUUUUACUGUUUUAAGUAUCAAUUACUUAAAGAGUUGAGUUGACAUUCUUUUAUUUUAAUCAGUAAGCAUAGGUCAUCUUCACUUUCCAUUUAUCUAAUAGUGUUACCAAUGUAAUGGGCACCACACCAAAUAAAGCUCCUUUUUUAAUCUGUUUUGAAAUGGCUUUUAUUUAAGCAUACACAUGCCCAAUUCCAGUAACUAAAUACAGAAAAGGUGUCCAUCUCACUGUAAUCAUUAUGAAAGCAGUUUCAUACAUUGUUGAUUGUUGUAUUGUCUUAUAAUGGUCCAUAUAUUACAAGCCUGUAUGUUACAGGUAACAUUGUUAGAGUUGAACUAAAAUCAUUUACAUUAAACACAAGUUCAGAGCAAUCCUCAGUGAUGGCUUUAUACACAAUGGGGAGUUUUGAACUCUCAUGUCAAUACUGAUGCAGUGUUUUAAUAAAGACCUGAUGCAUUAUUGAAAA